AUGUUGAUACAAGAAACUGAUUUGUUCUUAUAUAAUUUGACUUUGAAGAAACAAUCUAAUUAUAAUUAUUCCUGUCUAGGUACUUUCGUUAAUAUAGAUCCCAUAUCAAAUGUCUCAAAACAUAAUUUACAAUUAUGUCUAGCCACAGAGAGCCAUAUCGAAUUGUAUGACUUAUCAAAUAGAACAUUGACCAAGAUUGGUAAUGAUAUACCCUUAUUUGCCAUCAUCAAAAAUAUUAAGACUGUUAAAAACCAAACAACUAGCAUAGACUAUUUGAUAAUUACCUCAGAUUCGGGCAAUUUAUCGAUCCUAGAAUUUGUCUGGAACCAACAAACUCUCUCUUUAUCUCUAUCCACACUGUGUAUAGAACCUAUAGCAAGAUCCGGUAUUAGAAGAUUGUCUCCAAUGGAUUAUAUCGCAGUUGAUAAACAUAGUAGGUGUUUAAUGUUAUCUGCUGUUGAAAAGUUUAAAUAUUGUUAUCUUCUAAAUUGUAAUAAUACUACUAAUAAUAAUGUUGUCAUAUCUAAUACCAAUACAAAUACUAAUAAUAAUAUAGUAUCUUCUCCUUUGGAAGCUAUACGGUCUAAUUUUAUCACCUUGGAUUUAGUGUCAUGUGAUAUGAACUACAUAGAUAAUCCAUGUUUUGCAGCUUUAGAGAUGGAAAUUGUAUUAAAUAAUAGCAACAACAACAACAAUAAUAAUAAUAGUUUACCUAACAAAAACCUUUUUCAUUUGGUAUUUUAUAUGUUGGAUAUGAAUUUGAACUGUAUAAUUAAAAAAGCAGAUUAUUUACUGCCUGGGAAGCCAAGUAUUUUGAUCCCCUUACCUGAUUUAGCAGAAUAUGGAAUGUUGACUAAUAUUGUUGGGAGUCAAUAUAAUCAGAGCAAUAAUCAUAACGAUACAACAAACCCAUUUGUUAUGGUGGGUUUAGAGGAUUCGUUCCUUGUUAAGGACUUAAAAGGUGAUUUCAACAUCAAAGUUCAAUUGCCUAAAUGUCAAGACCAUCACUAUCCUGCCACAAUAACAUCCCAUGUGUUUCGUUCUUUUAAGAAACAAAUUUUCAUUUUGUUGCAGACUAACUAUGGUGACUUGUUAAAAUUACAAAUUAUUCCAAAUCAAAAUGAGAAAAAUAAGCCAAAAUUCAUCUUGAGCUAUUUUGAUACAAUCCCGGUGGCCGAACAAUUACAUAUUACUACAAAUGGGUUGCUUUUCGCAAAUUGUGAGUUCAAUAAUAAUUAUUUGUUUCAGUUUGAAAGUCUUGGGUCAAAUAAAGAGGAGAAGACUUUUACAGUUUCAAAAAUUUUACAGAAUUUAAGCAUAUUAAAGAAAAUGUCCACAUCUAACCCCAUGUUUUCUGCAAAUGUGGUUAAGAACUCUUCUAAUCAAGCUGUAGUUCCUUUCAAACUGAUAUCUCGCCAUGAAGAUUCCUCAAUCAGGGUAUAUAAUAACAGUGUUGUUGUUGAGACACUUGUAUCCUCUAAUUUACCACCAAACCCCAAAAAUAUAUGGACCAUAAAGAAGAGGUUAGAUGAUGAUGUCCAUUCAUACGUUGCUCUUGCAUUUCAUAAUUAUACAGUUCUUUUAAAUAUAUCAGGUGAAUCAAUGCAGACAUUGUCCUUUUCAAAUCCAGUACCUUUUAUCAUGAAAAAUGAUACCACCAUAUAUAUGACCAUUUUAAACCCUAAUAUAAUUAUUCAGGUUUGUGCUAAUCAAUUUGUUCAAGUAGUGACAACAGAAGAUACUUCAGAGUUUAAACAAAUCCAUGAAUGGUUCCCACCUGCAGGUAUACAGAUCAUUACUGCUACUGCUACUUUUACACAAUUAAUUGUUGCUCUAUCAAAUAAUACUGUAGUAUAUUUUGAACUUAACAUAGUUAAUAACUCUCUAAUGGAAUCAUCUAAGACUUUAGUCUUUGACAAUAAAAUCGCUAAGAUUGCAAUGGAUCAAAAUAAAUUCAGAUCUAGUGAUUUGAUUGUUGCUACAGAUGAUGAUCAGUUGAUUAACAUUAUUUGUCUAGAUACAAAGAGUCCCAAUUUUAUGGAAAUUUUAGCUUUCCAGCAAUUGAAUGAUGAGGUAAAUGAUAUUAUUGUAAAUAACAAUAUGUUUUAUGUCGGACUAAAAAAUGGUAUAUAUGUAAAGUCGAAAUUUGAUGAAAAGGAUCGCAACAUUAUACAUACAGCACAAAGAUUCAUGGGUGCAAAGCCAGUUUCUCUUUCUGUUGUUAAAGACAUUCUUUUAACACCCAAAGAUGAUGAUAUGGGGUCUGAUUCUGAAGAGGAGGAAGAGAAUUUUGAUGAGGAAAACAAUUUACAAAAGGAGUCAAAUGUCGAGGAUAGGGAAUAUAAUCAAAAUGAAUUCAGUACAUGUAUUACUAUUCAUUCAGACAAUGUAUGGUUAGAUUAUAAUUUUAAGCAAAUGAAUUAUAUUAGACCUGUAACAUUGACGGAUAACAUGUCAUCUUUAAAGCGAAUAACUCAAUUUUCUACCUCAACAAUUUCAAGAAAUAGUGUUUGUGCAUUAUCUUCAUCAGGCUCACUAGUUAUUGGAAGAUUUAAAGAUUUUAUUCAUGUUGACCAUUGGUUUAAUAUAGUAGAUGCAAAAAUUAAGAACUCGAUAUCAAAUAUUACAGAAGAGGAAGAUGAAGAGCAAGAUAAUGGUGAUAAUGAAAGUGAAGAAGUUUAUUUUGGGGAAUACCUGAAUAAAAAACUUAUUUUUACUGACGAUGGAGAACACAUUAUAUCAAUUGAUAAUCAUAAAGAUCCAUUUGUUCAAAAUUGCCGUAUUAGCAUUAUCAAAUUUUCUUCAAAUCAGUGUCUUCUCAAUACUUCCUCAAAUUCAGAUUAUUACAAUAUUGAAGGACAUCGAUGUGUUGCAGCACAACUUAUUCACUUUACAAAAAAUAAAAAUUUUGUUAAUUUAGUUAUAUCCACUAGAGAUCAGUAUUUGUUGACGUUCCAAUUAAAGAUAGAGGAUACCAAAAAAGUUUCUCAAUAUGAACUAUCGUUAUUACAUAAGACAAAGGUGGAAAGUGAUAUAUUUGCUAUGGGUAUAAUUAAUGAUAAACUGUUCGUCACCAUUUUAAAUUAUUGUGUUCUUUAUGAUUUAGGUAAAAAGCAACUAUUAAAAAAAUCUAUUACGAAAGUAUCAGCUAGUAUGCACUGUACAACAGCCAUUGAUGUAUGGGACAAUAGUAGAAUAGCAGUAGGUGAUAUUCAUGAGUCAGUAACUAUUUAUCAGUACGACCUGCAGAGUAAUCAGUUGUAUCCUAUUGCUGACGAUACUGUUAAAAGGCAUGUUACUACUUUAAAGUUCAUUGAUUCACAAACUGUGGUUGGUGGAGAUAAAUUUGGUAAUUUAUGGACUUUAAGAAUUCCAAAAGAAAUUGACCAAAAUAGAAUUAUGAAUUAUGGAAAUUCUUUGCAUAAUAGCGUCAUGGAAGCACCAUAUAAACUAGAAUUGAAAGAUCAUUAUUUCAUCAAUGAUAUUCCUAUGUGGUGUUCAGUUGUUGACUUUUUACAGAUUUCCGAUAGACCGUGUAUUUUGUAUGGUUGUUUACAAGGUACUAUUGGUAUACUUUUACCAUUAUUGUCGAAAUUACAAAUUAAGACAGCAAGUAAAUUACAAGAAAGCAUAUCCAAUUUGGAAUCACUUAUUUUAAAUGAUAGAGUGUCAAGAUUAACUAUGCAAGACGAUGAUAUCGAAGAUACCAAAAUCAAUGAGGAGGAAGGUAUUUGGAUUAGUCAAAAAGAACAACUAGAUUCUCAUCCAGAGGAGUAUAUUAGUUUAGUUGAUAGAGAUCAUUUUAGGUAUAGGAGUUAUUAUGCACCUGUUAAAAACAUUAUUGAUGGUGAUCUAUGUGAACGAUUCUUAACUUUAACAUCAUAUGAGCAGACAUUAGUUUGUAAAAAUAUGGGGAAACAGGUAAUGAUAGAGGAUGUUAUUAAUUUUCUGAAUGAAACUAGAAGCAAUUAUAUGUAG